AUGGCGAAUGCGGUGUUGAAGAGAGCGAGAGGGCUAUUUGAUGAGGAGUUGAAGAGGGAGAUUAACAUGAAGAGUACGUAUAGGAGCAGGAUUAAUAUCAAGUUCGGUCGGCACUAUUUUGACUUUCUUGGGCAGCAGACAUAUAACACUUCUGGCGGGGUGGAUUGGUCAAAGGGGACGAUCAUGUUUGACUUUCCCUCGUACCGACCGAGUGUGGGCGAUGAGAAGAGGUUUAACGAGCCGUUUUAUCGCAAGGUUGCCAAUGCUCUGAUCGACGAGUUCCCCUGCAGACCUCAUUGGACCAAGAAUACGAGGGAGUAUCUGGCCCGGUUCAAAGCUGUGAGGCAAAAGUUUGAUCCGAAUGGUAUCUACCGGAAUGUGAUUGGCGAGAUUUUGGAGAUGUAUUGAGCGAUUGGGUAGCGUGUUGAAGGCAGCGAAACGGAGAGCAAUGAAGAGUUGUUCAUCAUGCA